GAAAUGAAAUCCAGUGCACCUGCAGCAUCGCCUGGAUGAGCAAAGCCCUCAAGUUCUACGACUCCAUCGUCGAGCAGGAGCUGCAAACGGUGGACUGCAAGUACCCGGAAGCCGAUCCCCAGCAGCAGCUGCCCUUCAUUCGAAGCAGUCCACCGGACCGUCGACCAAAAUCGAUCUACGCCUUCAUCACCCACCCUGAGGUGGCCAGCGGCUGCAAACUCCCGACGGCUCUUCUUCAGGCGGAAAAGUCCUCCGCCACCGAGGAGGAGGAACGGAAGCGGAAGUUGAAAGCCGGCGGUGGUGAUAAUCAGAACACUGAAAAUGAUUAUGAUGAUGCUAACGAUAACGAGCAGGCCAAAAAGACUAUCAGUGAGAUGAAUGGCAAUGAAGUGGGCGUGUCAGGAGGUGUUGAGGGUGAGCAGAGUGGCCAGCCGACCACUCCCAAGGUGACCCGGGUUUAUGAAAAUGGAAAUGAAAAUGAAGGUGGAAAUAGUGGAGUUCACAAAAGUCCACACGACAGCAGCGCCGUCCUUAAGGAUACGAAUGAUAAGUCCACGAAUCAGCUGAACCAGGCGCAGUUCGGCGCCGGAACUCUUCAAGGCGGAGGAACUUCGAAGGCUUUGAAAAACGGCGGAGUCAAUUUAGGUUCUGAAGAUGAAGAAGAGGAAGAAGAAGAUGAAGAUGAGGACAGCGACGGAGAGCUCUCUGAACUGGCCAAGCCGAUCUGCCUGGGCGCCAUUCGCCCCUAUAUUGUCGUCAAACACGGCGCCAGCAAGUCCUUCUGGUCCCUGGACGGCGAUGGCAACAAGCCCCGGCAGAUCAUCGACCCGAAGAAGCUCGCCCGAGCGGAACGCCGCCUGGCGGAUAAGGCCCGAAAGCGGGACGACACGCCGGAGAUUCAGUUCCGCGCACUUCCGGUCUCGGAUGCCAUCGUCAGCCAGGCGAUGAACCGGAAGGCAGCCAAGGCGGACCUGGGCGGGGCGAACCGAUCACGGGACAUUCGCAUCGAGAACUUUGACAUUAGCUUUGGCAGCCAGGUCCUCUUGGAAGGAGCUAGUUUGAAUUUGAGCUACGGUAUCAAGUACGGCCUCUGUGGGAGAAACGGCGUGGGAAAAUCUACCCUACUUCAUAUGAUCUCCAACGGCUCGCUGAUCAUCCCCGCGCACAUUAGCAUCCUCCACGUGGAGCAGGAGGUGGUGGGGGAUGAUACCCGAGCACUGGACUCGGUCCUCCAGGCGGACCAGGCCCGGGAGGAGCUGCUGGCGGAGGUGAAGGAGUACACCAGCAAGGGCGGCGACCUGACGCUGGAGGAGACGGCCGACCUGAAUGAGAUCUACGCCGAGCUGGAGGCAAUCGAGGCGGAGAAGGCGCCGGCGAAGGCGGCGGCCAUUUUAUCGGGUCUAGGCUUUAGUCCUGAAGCUCAAGAAAGGGCGACGAAGACCUUUUCCGGCGGCUGGCGGAUGAGGAUCGCCCUGGCGAGGGCGCUUUUUAGCAAACCAGACCUUCUGCUGCUUGAUGAGCCGACGAACAUGUUGGACAUGAAGGCCAUCCUCUGGCUGACCGAGUACCUAACUACAAGUUGGGAAUCAACUCUGCUGGUCGUCUCCCACGAUCGCCAGUUUCUCUCCAGCGUUCCCUCGCAAAUCCUCUACAUUCAUCGAGCCAAAAUUGAGACCCACCGCGGCAACUUUGACUCCUUCCGCUCGGCGAUGGAGGAGAAGGAGCGGCAGCAGCAGCGAGACUACGAAGCGCAGCAGAUGCACCGGAAGCACAUGCAGGAGUUUAUCGACAAGAACCGGGUCAACAGUAGCACGGCCGCCCUGGUUCAGAGUCGAAUCAAGAUUCUCGAGCGGGAGAAGCUAAUUGAGGAGGUGAAGGCGGAGGCGGUGGUGGUGCUCCGCUUUCCGGAACCGGAAGCGCUCCCGCCGCCGCUGCUUCAACUGGAUGAGGUCUCCUUUGGCUACUCGAAAGAUAAGAUCUUGCUUAGUAAGGUCGACCUCUGUGCGAACUCUCAGUCGAGGAUUUGUAUUGUGGGGGAUAAUGGAUCGGGAAAGACCACCUUGCUGAAGAUUCUCACCGGAGACCUGACGCCGCUGUCCGGGACACGGCACGCCCACCGCAACCUCGCGAUCGGGUACUUUGCGCAGCAUCACGUCGACCAGCUCAACUUCAACUACUGCGCCCUGCAGCUGAUGGCGAAGAGGGCGCCGGGAAAGGGCGAGGAGCACUACCGGAAGUACCUGGCCGGUUUCGGAGUGACCGGUGACCUCAGUCUUCAGUCUUUAGCAACCUUAUCCGGAGGACAGAAAAGUCGGGUCGCCUUUGCGGCGAUGACGCUGUCGGAUCCCCACUGUCUGAUUCUCGAUGAGCCCACCAACCACUUGGACGUGGAGACUGUUGAGGCCCUAGCCAAGGCCCUGAACGAGUACACGGGGGGCGUCAUUCUGGUGACGCACGACCAGACGCUGCUGACCAGCGUCUGCACCGAGCUGUGGCACUGCAAGGGCGGCACGGUGACCUGCCUCAGCGGCGGCUUUGCCCAGUACCGCAAGAUUAUCGAGCAGGAGCUGAAGGAGGUGUCGGCGGCGGCGGCGGCUGCAAAGGGUUGA